GUUUAGACUGAUCUGUGAUCUAAAACCACCAAACGUAGCGGUAGGUGGGGUUUUCUUUUCAAAACAUGAACACACAUUCCCCCAAACAGCUUGGAACAUCCCAUGCAAGGAGAGGUCUCUCGUGAGUAUUUUUCUCAAAGCUGCUCAGCUCAGGCAUGUCCGCCUUUGAUGUCCCUGUGCAGCAAUGUCCCGCAGAAAGACGGCGCACGUUUCAGAUAUCAGGAAUCAAGGAUGCACACAGCAAAGGGAGGCUGCUCCGUGCUAUAAAGCAGCUCGAUGGAAUGUACAUCGGAGGCCCGAUUUACAGGGAGAGCAUCACCCAUCUGAUCGUCUCCCAGGCUGUGCCCAGUGAAAAGUUCCUAGCAGCAUGUGCUGGAGGGAAGUGGGUUGUCACGCCAGAGUACCUGCUGGACAGCGUGAAGCUGAAUAAAUGGCUGCCUGAGGGCCCCUAUGAGGUGAACCUCUCGGUCCGAAGCCCUGGCCUCCCCAACCCUGUGAAGGCAUGGAGAGAGAAGGUGUCCUGGGGACUGGUGUCUGGGGCCUUCCAGGACUGGGUGGUGCUGCUGAAUGUGGUUGACUUCAAGCGGAGGGACAUUAUCAGCAGGAUCCUGAAGGCAGGCAGGGCUGUUGUGUACCUGGAGAGGCCCGCCUCAGUGGCCAUCACUCAUGUGAUAAACAGACACAUGGUGGAGGACACACCUGACCAGGAGGAUGUUCCCUGUGCGUCCAUGCGGCAGCUCGCUCUGCAUCUAUUCGGGAAAUCAUUUGCUGGAUUGAAAUGGCCUGUCAAUCAGCCGAGCAAUCCCAGCGAUGGGGACGGCGAAGACGUAGACACCUCGUCUGAGAAUGUGUUGGAGGAGGUGGAGAGGCUGGACUGCCCACUGGAUGUAGGAGUGCUCUCAGGUCUGGAGAAUACGCUGGAGGACUACAUAUUCAAUGUGGAGAAAUCGAAGCAGAAGAGAAAGCUGCUCUACCCAGAGUUCCAGAGCUUCUACCUGUCUUGUCCCACCACUCAGCGGGCCCCGGCGGAGCUGAGGAACGUCCAGAGCCUGCUGGACUGCGGCUUCUUCCCGCAGGCGUUGGAGGAGCUCCAGGCCUCGCUGCACCCCGGGGUGCUUCCUCCGGCCCAGCUCGUGCUCACGCUCAUGCAGCACGCCCUGGACGGUGCAGCAAAGCCGUACACGCUCAGCAUGUUCCGUACAACCCUCCACAACAUCCUGCGCAUCAACUCUCCCUGGGGCUCGGCCGCCUAUGUGAAGUACUUCCAGAACAUUCUGCAGUGUCCGGAGUGCAAGGCAGGCGUGUGGUCCCUCCUCAGUACGUCCUUCAGGGUGUGCAUGUCCAGCGCCGCUACCUGUCACUCACUGCCAAGCCCCGCCCGCUCGGAGCUCAUCGGCUUCCACGGCGACCUGCAGGAAUUCAUCCUCAGGCUGUUCCAGCUGGAGCUGCACGCCGUGAAUUCUGGCUUGACGACGACCGUGCCGUGGUCCACGAUACUGGGCAACGCCUUCUGGACGGUGUGGGAGAGGUCGACUCUGAGCUCUAAGGCCGUGCAGCAGCUGGCCGAGCUGCUGGUGGAAGCGUAUCAGUGGGCCCAGUCCUGCACGGAGGUGGACGCUGUGCACGGGCAGAGGCUGCUGCUGCGUCUGCAGGAGCUGCUGGAGGUGGUGGGCGAGUUCUGGUGCCAGGCCCACAGCACGCUCAACCGGCCGCUGGUGGACAAGGGCCUGCAGGAGCUGGGCGAGCACAUCGCUAUCCUCUGCCUAGGACAGGGCACAGAUGUGGCACCAGACUUCCUGUUGGAGCUCGUUCCCAGCAUGCUCUGCUCCCAGCUGCGCUUGGUCACGGCCGACGCCCUCUACCGCUUCGUCUGCCGCAGGAACGGCAUCAUCACGGGAACGGAGCCGCUCUCUCUCAGGAAGAUUGUGUCCACCUAUUUGAAGGCCCUGGGGAGUCUGUGUGCGCGCCGGCCCACUGCUGACCCUUCGCCACGGCUGGGAGCUGAACCCGCCCUCGCCAGCUGUGCCAGCCAGAAGCCAAGCUCGGGACUCAAAGGAGGUGUGUGUGUGUGUUUGGCCCAGGAAAAGACAACACCCCACGUGGCUUAAACCGAGUGAAUGCAGCAGGGGAGACGCUCCUCCACCGCGCCUGCAAGCGAGACCAGGUGGACACCCUCCUGCACGUCCUCUCUCAUCCAGGGACGGACGUCAACGUUAAAGACCACGCGGGCUGGACGCCGCUGCACGAGGCCUGUAACCAUGGCAGCACGGCGUGCGUGCGCGCGCUGCUCCGGCACAGCCCCUCGCUGGACCUCAGUAGCCAGGUGGGCGGCGUGAGCCCCCUGCACGACGCGCUGCUCAACGGACACGUGCUCAU